AUGUUCAAGCGGAUCGGUCGCCGGUCUAAAGAGAGGUUAGAAAAUUUUAGAAUAUCCAAGGAAGUCGCCAGUCGUGAUAGCACAUCUAGUAAAGGCCGGAGUAAGUAUACUGCUCAGACAGGACUCGAGUAUGGCACACACCUCACCGUCAGCACGAAGCCGCCAAAUCUUGAAGGACCCUCCAACCAGCCGGAAUCCUGCGUCGAACUCUCCGUUGCCCCUCAAAUCCGACGCAUCGUCGGAGCCCAGCCCGCCAUCUCACCUUCAGAGCCUGCGCUAUCCAAGAAGUCAGGAUCAACCGCCAUACCAAUGUGCCUACAACAGUGCUGCUUCCAGCAAGCACGUCACAUUCCCGAAACUAUUGUUGCAGUCGCGAGAUUGAGGAGCGAGGAGUCGUUAAGAGUCAUCAAUGUUGAGCGUCUCGCUGUCAUCGUGGAUAGAGUGAAAGGUCGUAGAAAUGAUAUGAAGACUGUCUAG